AACCACAAUUCUAUUAAAGGGUGUACUGGCGAAACGGCGCGUUUCCUGUUUGAAACUUGUAGCCUGUUACGUGUUAUUCACAUUUUGGGGCCGCAGAGAGACAGACACGCAGAGGGGCGAUACUGUGGGAUCAACCAAGAGGCCCUCUACGGACAGGUUCAGGCCCGGCCCGACGCAGGAUGCAGUAGCCGCGAGCAGUGGGUGCGCGGUCGGACAGCCAGAGGUCCGAGAGAGAGAGAAAGAAAGAGAGAGAAAACAAGAGAGAGAGAGAGAGAGCAGCAUGGCAGUCUUUAAGCUGGAGAAUGUGGAGGACCUCUAUGAGAUUGGAGAAGUCCUGGGCAGUGGCCACUUCGGGGAGGUGCGGGAGGUGCGGGAGCGGGCCACGGGGACGCGCUGGGCGGGGAAGUUCCUGAAGCUGCGGAAGUGCGCCGCCAGCAGGCUGGGGAUGGACCGGCGGGCCGUGGAGCGGGAGGUGGAGAUCCUGCAGGCGCUCCAGCACCCCAGCAUCAUGGCCAUCCGCGACGUCUUCGAGAGCCGCGCGGAGGUGGUGCUGGUGGUGGAGCUCAUCCUUGGCGGUGAGCUGUUUGACUUCAUCGCGGCGAAGGAGAGCCUCCUGGAGGAGGACGCCAUCGGGUUCCUGAAGCAGAUUCUGGAGGGCCUGAGCUACAUGCACGACAAGCACAUCGCACACUUCGACCUCAAGCCGGAGAACAUCAUGCUGUCAGCGAAGGACGUCCCUCAGCCAAGCAUCAAGAUCAUAGACUUUGGGCUGGCCCAACGCCUUUCACCGGCGGAGGAGUACAGGAGUAUGGGUGGCACCCCCCAGUACAUCGCCCCUGAAGUGAUCAACAACGAGCCCCUGAGCGUAGCAUCAGACAUGUGGAGCAUUGGUGUCAUCACCUACAUUCUGCUGAGUGGUGCUUCCCCCUUUCAAGGGGAUACGGACGAGGAGACGCUAACAAACAUUAUAGGGAUGAACUACACGUUUGAAGACCGCUAUUUCCGAGAUACCAGCGAGAUAGCCAAAGACUUUAUCAAGAAACUGCUGGUGAAGGAGCAGAGCGAGAGAAUGACUGCUGAUGAGUGCCUUCUCCACCCCUGGAUCAAGCCUCUCACACGGAAGCAGGCUGCCAGCAGGAGUCGUUCCUCCAUCAACAUAAGGAACUUCAAGAGGUUCAACGCCAAGAGGAAGUGGAAGAUGUCCUAUAACAUGGUGUGGGCGUGCACCCGCUUUUCCCGCCUGCAGCUGCUCUGCAAGGACAGAGCCAAUGAGGACCAAGAGCUGAGACAGUGUGAGAGUGACCAGGAGGACUCGGAAAGCAAUCGGGCUGCCCUGAUUCGCCGCCGCCGACUGAGCAGCACUUCAUAGAGUCGGCCACCAGAGGGAGCCAGUGCACCGGCUGUGCUCGCACGCAGCGUUCCGGGAGACAACCAUCUGAGCCGAGGGGGGAGACGCUCAGUGGACGGGCGGUGGACGGCUACUGUCCGCGGCUUGGAUAGUUAUACGCAAUUACGCAUGGUGCAGUCCCAAGGAACCCAGUCCACCGCCAACGUUCCUAAGUGCUGUGUUGUUGUUCUGCAGUCAUAUACUAUGUGUGGAGUCUUGGCCCGUAUUUUAAACUGCAUGAAACACCUACUGUAUGGGUCAUGCUUUGAAUAUAAUCUAGUUGGGUGAGGUUUUUUGGGGGGAUGGCAUGCCAGUACCCCACCAGAGUUGUUAUUCCUUAAAGCUCUGAGCUCUGAGUAAAGAGUAUCAGGGGAAAUUAAUCGCUCUGUUUUUUGCAUGCAGUUUUAUAUCAGUGAUGAAUUAUGUGUGACCUUUGCAUGUUUAAGUGAAUCAAGAGCUUGGAAUUGUACGCAGACAAAGUUUAAAACCCAUUUUCACCAGAGUUUCAUUUCAAUAGAGUACAUAUUGUCCCAAAUAGAUCUAAACACUGUUGGAGUUGAUUUUACACUGUUGAAGUUGGUUUAACACUAGGAAUUUUGUUGGGUGAUGUUCCAGUUGCAGAUAGUAUAGUUUUGGGAGUCUCAUAUUGUAGCAUUAUCUUGUCUUGUGUUGCAUCUAUGUUAGCUUUAACAUUUAAAAAAAUCUAUUUCUGUUGUUUAUCAGCUUUGUAAAACAAGAAAAAAUGAAUUACCAAAUCAGUUAA